AUGGCUCUGCAGGGCGAACUUGAAUACGUCCGCAUGGGCUUGAGCGUGCGCGACCGACACGGACGCGUCGACAAGGCACGCACGGAGUACCUUCGCGCGGAGGCUCGGAGACGCGACGCGCUGGCCAGGGUCAUCAAGCAAUGGGAGACAUACAAAACGCGUUGGACGGCUCUCCUGGCUUCCGACACGCCCCUUGGUUUUGCGGACAUCCCAUGGCCUGUCCCUCAACAACCGUCUUCCACUCAUGAUCUCCAGCCUGAGGCCAUCGUCCAGUUCUUCACUGAAUCUCUUCAGGCGACCGGAACCGCGACGACCGAAUCCGACAGAUUGCGGAGUGCGCUUCUACGCUGGCACCCAGACAAGAUGUCCACGGUACUCGCGCGUACUGUGGUUGCCGACGCGGGGUCGGUCAGUGAAGGCGUCAACGUGGUCUUUCGUGCCCUCCAUGCACGCAUACAUCACGUCAAGGACACUGCGCCACCCCGUAGUGCGUAG